AGCAUUACUCCCAGAGCACUCGGUACUCAGCACUGAGAAGAUCUAUUCUUUGAGCUGAAAAUGAUGUGCAGUAGCAAGAAUUUGCUCCUGGCUGCUUUGAUGUCAGUGCUGCUACUCCACCUCUGCAGCAAGUCAGAAGCAAGCAACUUUGAUUGCUGUCUUCGAUAUACAGAACAUAUCCUUCAUCCCAAAUAUAUUGUGGGCUUCACACAGCAAUUGGCCAAUGAAGCUUGUGACAUCAAUGCUGUCAUCUUUUACACAAAGAGAAAAUUGGCUGUGUGUGCAGAUCCAAAGAAGAACUGGGUGAAAAAGGCUGUGCAAAUCCUCAGUCACAGAGUCAAGAAGAUGUAAAACCGAUGCUCUCUGGAGUGGAAUUGGACAGAGCCUAUGAACAAAAAGAAUCUAGCAGGAGUUGGUUGUUGAGAGUGUAGCACGUACCUGAUUUGUGCUUCAUUGGACUUGUCCAAUUAAUGAAGUUGAUACAUAUUGCAUCAUAGUUUACUUUGUUAAGCAUCACAUUAGAAUCAAACUCUAUUUUAUUUUAUUUAUAUAUA